GGAGACGAGUUUGUUGGUUUUUGCAUUCCUUGUGUGGAGUAAAGAAAGACAUAUUGACUGAACUAAAUAGGCUACCCAAUUCUAAGUCGACUGAAAAUGUCUAAACUACAGUUGUUGCGUAUGUUUUUAAAUGAGCGUUUAACGGCGGCUGCUGUGGAUAUUUUUGGGGAAGUUGAGAAAACGGUAGUGGUGUACCAGGAGGAGAAUGAUCGGCUACGGAGACUGCUGCGGAGGACACCAGAAAUACAACUAUGUAGAAUAGUUGUCUUUGUCACGAAAAGCUGAUUGAUAUAGCGUACAGCUAUCUAUCUGCACUCGGUAACGUCUUAAGGCAGACUCCCUGCAGUUCUCUGUCUCUGAAGAGGAGGUUCCCCCUGAGCAGCAGGAGUGGAGCCCCAGUCUGGGGCAGAAGGACCCAGAGACCAGAAAGAUGAAAGAGGAACAGGAGGAAGUCAGGACCAGUCAGCAGGAAGAGCAGCUUCAAGGGUUCUUUGAUACCAAAGACUCCAUAUUCACUCCUUCCUGUGUGAAAAGUGAAUGUGACCAGGAGGACCCACAUCAAGAAGCCAUAUUAGCUGAACACCCAACUCUCAGUCCACUGAAAACGUCUAAACUACAGUCGUUUCGUGUGUUGUUAAAUGAAUGUUUAACGGCGUCUGCUGCUAUGGAGAUUUUCGGGAAAGUUGAGGAAACUGUAGCAGAGUACCAGGAAGAGAAUGAUCUGCUACGGAGACUGCUGGGGAGGACACCAGAGAUAAAACUAUGUAGAAUAGACUCCCUGCAGCUCUCUGUCUCUGAAGAGGAGGUUCCCCCUGAGCAGCAGCACUGUGAGCAGGAUUGGAGCCCCAGUCCGGGGCAGGAGGACCCAGAGCCCACACAGAUUAAAGAGGAACAGGAGGAAGUCAGGACCAGUCAGGAGGAAGAGCAGCUUGAAGGGCUCUUUGUUACCAAAGACUCCAUAUUCACUCCUUCCUGUGUGAAAAGUGAAUGUGAUCUGGAGGACCCACUUCAGUCCUUUACUCUUCCCCAAACCCAGACUGUGGAGAACGGAGAGAGUGACUCUAAACCAGUGGAUCUCAAACCUUUUGUCACUGUGACCCAUAUUAAUGGUCUUUACAUUCCCUGUGACCCUCCAGAUAAUCAAAACAAUGCCUCCAGCCACAGCUCAGCUGUAAGCAGUUACACAGUAGGACUUGACAGCAGUCCACCAUUGGAUCCGAACACGUCAAUGGGGAAACAGUGUUCCAAACUCAGCCUCACAUCGAUAAAAACUCACAGCUGCCGUGACUGUGGUGAAACAUUUGCUCUGAAAGCUGAUCUGCAGAGACAUGUGACUCUCACCAAGAAGAGACCCAGUGAAUGUAGAUUCUGCAAACAACACUACAACUCUACCUGUAAACUGAAGGCCCAUGUCCAACUCUGUCACGGUGUAAAACCCUUCACCUGCCCUGUUUGUGGCAAGACCUUCAAACUAAAAAAAUAUCUGUCCAGACACAUCAGGAUGCACACAGGAGAGAAAUCAUUUAUCUGUGGUGACUGUGGGAAGAGCUUCUAUCGCAAGGAGAACCUAACCAUGCAUAUACGGACUCACACAGGGGAGAAAUUAUUCAGCUGUGGUGACUGCGGGAAAAGCUUCAGUAUCAAGAAUAACCUAACCAUGCAUAAACUGAUUCACACAGGAGAGAAACCAUUUAGUUGUGGUUACUGUGGGAAAAGCUUCAGUCAGAAGGGGGACCUAGGAAGGCAUAUAUUGAUUCACACAGGAGAGAAACCAUUUAGCUGUGAAGACUGUGAUAAAAGCUUCAGACACAAGGGAUCCCUAACCAAACAUAUAUGGACUCACACAGGAGAGAAACCAUUUAGCUGUGGUGACUGUGGGAAAAACUUUUAUCGUAAGGAACACUUAACCGUGCAUCUACUGACUCACACAGGAGAGAAACCAUUUAUUUGUGGUGACUGUGGGAAGAGCUUUAAUCAGAAGGGAUCCCUUAAGGCACAUAUACUGAUUCACACAGGAGAGAAAUUAUUUAUCUGUGGUGACUGUGGGAAAAGCUUCAGUCUGAAGAAGCACUUAACUGUGCAUAUACUGACUCACACAGGAGAGAAACCAUUUAGCUGUGGUGACUGUGGGAAAAGCUUCAGUCAGAAGGCCCACCUUAAUAAUCAUAUACGUACUCACACAGGAGAGAAACCAUUUAGCUGCUUUGACUGCGGGAAAAGCUUUAGUCAGAAGGGUGUCCUAGGGAGGCACAUACUGACUCACACAGGAGAGAAAUCAUUUAGCUGUUGUGACUGUGGGAAAAGCUUCACUCUGAAGGACCACCUAAAUAAGCAUAUACUGACUCACACAGGAGAGAAACCAUUUAGCUGUUGUUACUGUGGGAGAAGCUUCAGUCAGAAGGGUGUCCUAGGGAGACACAUACGGACUCACACAGGAGAGAAACCAUUUAGCUGUGGCGACUGUGGGAGAAGCUUCAGUCAGAAGGUGGUCCUAAGGAGACACAUACGGACUCACACAAGAGAGAAACAAUUUAGCUGUGGCGACUGUGGGAAAAUAUUUAGUGUCAAGAGGAACCUAAUCAAACACAAACGGAUUCACACAGGAGAGAAACAACAUGGCUGCUCAGUCUGUGGUAAAAGAUUCACUCAGAAGACUAAUCUGCUGAGGCAUGUUAAAAACAACCACAAAGAAUAAAAACAAGACAAAGGAAGAAAGAAAGUAAAUGAGGACACAGAGAGGGGACUAAGAGAGUAUUGAGAUACACCCAAGAUCCUGCUCAGUCCAAUGUCACAGUAAUGAUAUAAUGUAUUUAUGUUGGCUGUUGCUGCUUUGUUCAUGAAAGUUCAGACAACAACAGGUAAACAACUAAGGGAUGGGAGAAUUGUAAAACACUAAAAGGCUUUUAGAUUGAUAAAUGGAUGCAAGAUGUCAAACUAUUGAGCUAAUGUAUGUAAUUUGCCUGAAGCUACUUGUUCAUUUUGUAAACAGAAGUACGAAUGAUUGUAUGAUUUGGCAAGUUAGUCAUUUAACUUGGCAGUUAGUCAUUUAACUUGCCAAAAUAUUCUGAAAUAACGUGUUAGAAAGAGAAGUAUGAAAGGGUUAUGGUCUAAUUGACUCAACAACCACAAAACCGUAUAUCUAAGUGUAGGGUACUAAGUGAAUUAGAAAAUCAAUAGUUAUUUCUUGUUGCUUAUCAAAGUUAGCUGGCUAACUCCUCAAACCAGCUACGUAGUAUACCCCUCUGGUUGCUUAUCAAAGUUAGUUUGCUAACUCAUUGAUCCUGCUUUGUAGUGUACCCCUCUGGUUGCUUAUCAAAGUUAGCUGGCUAACUCAUUGAUCCUGCUUUACCCCUCUGCAGUUAAAAUAACAACGAAGUGGGCACCACUGUUUUGCUAAACAGCUGAGGGAAAGUUGGAGAAAUGUAACACUCAAAUUCAGACAGAUUUAUGACAGUUAAUCUUAUUUAUUACAUUAAAUAUUGCACAAUUUAUCGUAUCAGUGCAGACGAGCGUCAGAGCCGGUGUAGUAGGAUUCUAUCUUAUUCCUGUAUUGACGCUUUGCCUUUUUUAUGGUUCGUCAGAAGGUGUAGGAUUCCUUAUAAGCGUUCCGCUCUUUGAAUGCAUCAGCUCUAGUCUUUAGUUCAGUGCGGAUGUUGUCUGUAAUGCAUGACUUCUGGUUGGGGUAUGUACCUACGGUUUGUGUGGACGACGUUGUCGAUGCACUUAUUAAUGAAGCCGGUGACUGAUGUGAUAUCAGAUGAAUCCCUGAAGCUUGGCUGCAACCCUUCUAAGCCUAUACUGCCCUUCAGUCUCUAGACUUUUUGCGCUGACGGAAACAUAGAUUAUCCCAGAUACUACUCCAGCUGCUCUCUGCAUCUUACUGUGUGUUCUCUUAUAGUCUGAGAGCGUCUGGUCGUUGCGGUGGUGGCACAGGGUUACUCAUUUCUCCUAAAUGGAGAUUUUCUACUUUAUCCCUCACUCACCUGUCCAUCUCCUCAUUCUGUCCCAUAUUACCUCCCGUCUGGCUCGGUCCUUCCCUCCUGCUCCGUGGCUGAGUGACUCAUUGCUAGCUUACAGAACAGAGCUACGGGCAGCUGAGCGAAAAUUUGGAAUACUUUCGGAGGACCUAUCAUCCCUUCACUCUCUCUUCUCUACCUUUGUAUCCACUGCUAAAGCCACUUUCUAUCACUCUAAAUGUCAAGCUUCUGCCUCUAACCCUAGAAACUAUUUUCCCUCCUCCUGUGGACUAUUUUAUCAAGAAAGUUGAUGACAUCCUCUCAUCAUUCACUCAUCAUUCACUCAACCUAUUGAGUCCACUGGUCCCACUCACACAUGCAGUGGUUCCUCAAUUAAAAGUUUUGAGUUUAUGCUGCGACCAUUUGUAGUAGAUGGUGGCAUUCUGUCAUUGCACCACACUGUCACAAGGGGGAGUUAGAACGCUGAUUUAUCCGUAGUCUAAACUGUGACAGGAAUUGACUAUAUUUUCCUGAAUUAAUGGAUGUGUUUUCAGUCUGAGAGUCUCUCUUCUCUGGCACUAGAGUCCUGCAUCAGGCAACAACAACAACAACAUUGCUGGCGGUGGUCCUGGAGUUGAGAGAGAACUUGGGUAAAUAUAAUGGUGCAAACACACUUGACAUGUGGACUGACGAUUUUCUAAAAUUAGGCAAGGUGGGCUUUUGGUUUCUCUAUUUUAAAAUGUUUAGACAAUUCAAAACAUAUACAUGCAAACAACAACUACAUCACACCUGCCCAGACCCACCUGCUCACACCCCCAUCUCCAGACCCACCUGCUCACACCUCCGUCUCCAGACCCACCUGCUCACACCCCCAUCUCCAGACCCACCUGCUCACACCUC